AUGGCAAACCGAUUUGAGGAAUAUCAGAUUAAUGCUCUCAAAAUGGCAUUUGAGCAAUCCCAACACUUGACAAAAAAGAAUAAGGCUGAACUGGUGACUGCUACAGGACUGGAUGUGGAGCAAAUUACUAGCUGGUUCAACAGGAAUCGAGCCAAAAAGCGUGUUAGGAAGUCAAUAGGGGACUUGGAUCAAACCAAGGCUGAGCUUCAACAAGCGCUGCAAGUACUCCAAGAAAGCCAAGAGAGGGAAGCUAAGCUACAAAAAGAGCUUCAAGAAAGAAAAGAGAAGGAAACAGAGCUCAGAGCUGAAAAUCAGGAUUUGAAACGUCAACUGGCACUGGUUGAAGGAGAAUCAGUUGAUUCACAGUUUGAUUACCUGUGGUCUGCACAUGUCCCAGGGUUCAAUUCAGGGUUCAACUCAGAGCAUUCAUCUUUCUAG